AUGGAUGUUGAUGUCAUUGAUGUCGGUUUGCUUGCUCCAGAUGAGAAAUCAAAACUCUCGGACACAAAAAAGUUUCAGCUCCUGACAAACCAUUUCAAGCCUGACAAGAGCAGCAUGCUGGCAUUCCAAGAAGUUAGAAAGGGCGGCAACAAUUGGAAAGUUAGCUUCCAGAUUUCCUGGCUUGAAGAGUACCCAUGGCUGGUAUAUUCACCAUCACAAAAGGGUGGUUUCUGCAAAUACUGUACCUUGUAUGCAAAGAGCAACAAGAGUACUUUUGGAGUUCUAGUGAAAGUCCCAUUCACCAAGUUUGCUCGUGCCAAGGGCAAAGAUGGCAUCCUCACCAACCAUGCUGCCAACAUGUACCACAAGCAGGCUACUGACACAGCAAAGGCUUUUAUCAGCACUUACCAGAAUCCUGAGUCUAGAAUUGACAACAAACUCAGUUAUGAGGCUCAGCGACUAUCUGAAACCAAUCGUCACAUCCUGGUCGAGAUCGUGGAAAUAAUUCUACUACUGGCAAGACAGGGUUUGUCCUUGAGAGGACAUAGAGAUGACAGCACAGCCAACCCCCUAAUUAACAGAGGGAACUUUCUGGCUUUACUGGAACACACAGCUGCCAGGGAUCCAGUGCUGGAUGAAAAUCUGCGAAGAGGCAAGAAGAACCAGAAAUACAUCUCUAAGACUAUCCAAAAUGAUAUCAUCCUAACAGCAGCAGAAUGUCUGAAGGAGGAGCUCUUGCACCCUCUCAAGAAAACAACUUUCUAUAGCAUCAUAGCUGACGAAGUCACUGAUCCCCAUGCCAACCAAGAGGUGCUUUCUGUCUGUGUCAGAUUCCUUGAUCUGUCAACAGCUGAUCACCCACAGAUCAAGGAAGUCUUCAUUGACUUCAUUCACCUCAGACGCGCCACUGGAGAGAAGGUGGGGAAGGCUAUCAUGUCCAUCCUCCGCAGAAAUGGUUUAGAUGUGAAAAACAUUAGAGGUCAGGCUUAUGAUGGGGCAAGUGCAAUGUCUAGCAGCAAUGUUGGUACCCAGGCACAGAUCAAGGCCCAGAAUCCACUUGCUCUUUAUACCCACUGCAGAUCACAUGUCUUGAAUCUGGCCGUAGCUGGCUCCUGCAAAGUUCAGGCACUGCGCAAUGUGAUUGGGAUCAUUAACGAGCUGUACCUCUUCUUUCAACUCUCCCCAAAGAGGCAACGGUACUUGGAGUUUGUGCUCCAGGUUUAUGCACCUGAACAAAAGGUAAAGAAGCUGAAGGGCCUUUGUAAGACGAGAUGGGUGGAGCGCCAUGACUGCCUGGAAACCCUGGUGCUUCUGUACAAAUACAUUGUCACCUGCUUGCACUCCAUGGUGACACCAGGUCUUUAUCCACUGCUGACAACUGCACCUGAAGAAAGUGGAGAAGAUGAGAACUAUGAAGACUGGGACUGGAACAGAGAAACCCUGGAAAUCCAAAGCAUGCGCGUGAACAUCGAUGAAGUGUGGGAUGAAUGGUUCAUUGAGUCUUGUGCAAUUGCAGAGGACGUUGGGAGUAGCAUGGAAACUCCAAGAACGACCAAUGUGCAGAGAAAUCGAGCUAAUGUUCCUGCUGAUACACCAAGCACAUAUUUCAAGAGAGCGAUAGCUGUGCCCUUUCUGGAUAGCUUCAGCCAAGGUCUGACAGAAAGAUUCUCCCCAGAAAACCGAUGCAUGAGGUCCAUUAUGGGACUUCUUCCGAGCGUACUCCUGACUAACGCAGAGGCUCUUGACGAACAGAUGCAGGAGCUGAUGUUCUGGGAAGCAGAUCUUCCUUCACCAGAAAACUUAAAGGCAGAGAUCCAGAGCUGGACAAGAUUUUUUCAAAACAUGGACAAAGCUCAGCUUCCUGAGAACUUGGUUGACUGCCUGGGACAUGCUGAUGAGGACUUUUUUCCUAACAUCAGGACGCUGAUCAUUCUGGGCUGCACGUCUCCAGUCACCAGCUGCGAGGCUGAACGUUCUUUUUCGGCACUCAGAAGAGUAAAGACAUAUCUUCGAUCUACUAUGGGGGAAGAGAGGCUUGCUGGACUCACCCUCAUGGCUAUCCACUACCAGGCAACCCUGCAGCUAAGUUCCAGCAAAAUAGUUCAGGGAUUUGUACAGAAACAUCCAAGGCGUCUCUUCUGCCAGUCCAUCAUAUUUGACUGAGAUUUGCCAGUGAGUAUUAGUGACAAGCUGUUCAUAAUAAAAGUAUUAGGCUAACAGUGCUUAUUCCAGGGUCCCCAAUUCUUUGUAUCUGUGUUGUUAACAGGCCUUACAUUGCAGGAAAAUGCAACUUAAUUUUACAAAUUUUCAUGGGGGUUAAUUUGGCAACGACCUCUAU